UAGAGGACAGCAGGAAGGAAACAACAGGGAGCAGGGGGCAAGACAGCAGCAUCCCUUGCCUGGCGGCGCCGCUCAGCUGAUCCCCCAUAAACAAAACACUGGCCUGCUCCCAACACACCGCCGCGUCUGUGUACGAUAAGAAAGCCUGCAUAAAGCACAUCGAGACGAGGACAUCGCAAAAUGGGUGCCAUCCACGGCAAGGGACGCUUCCAGUGCAGCGGCUGCCACCAGGGCUUCUCAUGGCGCCUCGACCUGGCAAACCACCUUCAGCAGUGCAAGGCAGCUUUCAACAGGGAGACUAAAGACCAGCAAGCUGAGUACUACCUGCUGGAGACCUGCUUCUUGUGUGGAUGCCAGCUGUCUGGUGUGCACAGUGAGGAAGCUUCCUUUGUCAAAGGAGUCCAGAAACUGUACCACUCCAAGCGACCAUUUACUGAAGUGCUGGAAAUCAUCACAAGAGAUACAGCUCUGCAUUCCUUGGACCAGCACACAAUUGGUCUGUGCAAGGAUUGCAUGAAUGCUGUCAACAAGUGGGACAAGCUGGAGCAGCAGGUGGUCUCCAUUGCCCAGUCUAUCCGGAGGUCAUACAGGUCAAAAAGGAAAAGAAAAGGUGAAGUUAAACUUGUGGAAAAGAAAGUGAACAUUGAAGGUCAAGAAGUUGAUGGCAGUGAAGGUGAGAAUGAAGAGUAUGAUGAACAGUCAGACCAGAUGGUACCUGAAAACUUGGACAGUCUUAUAAAGCAAGAAAACAUUAUGGAUUUCAUUGAACAAGAUGAAAAAUUUCAAGACUGUGAAGACAAGGAAUACAAAUGUAACUGUGGUAAGUCCAUGAAGGGCCUCAAUGUUUUUGUGGACCACCAGCUGCGUGAAGGCUGCAAAGUUAGAACUAACCAGCAUCCAUGCAAGUUUUGUGGCUCCGUCUUUUCAGAGAAGAAACUAUUAAUUGCUCACAAGAAAGCUUGUACAGAAGCUUCACUAAUCAAUGGAGCUUAUGAGUGCGACAUUUGUGGUCGAAGAUUCCUGGUGCGUGGCAGAGUAGAGACCCACAAGAGAAAUGUGCAUAGCAUUGGCACAGCUGACCAACAGUUAUGCAGCUACUGUGGGCGGACUUUUGGUUCAGGGUACAACAUGAAAAACCACCUAGCCCGGGAACACGGCAUUGGCCAUGUAGAAACUGUAUGUGUUGGCUUUUCCUCAGGAUUUCUAUUUAUAAAAGCAACUUUAUUCGAUAAUGUUAAGUUUUCAUCUUUGUAUAAUUUAAUAAUUUAUUCUCAGGUAAUGUGUGACCUUUGUGGAAAGAAGUUUUCUGACCGGUCAAGCUUACGUAACCACAUGAAGAACAUCCACGGGGAACGGAAAUACGAGUGUGAGACUUGUGGGAAGAAGUUUGCCAUGCCUGGGAUGCGCAACCACCACAUCAAUGAAAUGCACAACAACACCUACAACUAUGAGUGCAACCUGUGUGGAGAACAGUUCCAUGUCAGCUUCAAAUACAGGUACCACAUGCGCAAGAUGCACCACACCCUGCAGUACGCUUGUGAUGACUGUGGCCGCACCUUCAUCAUGCGCAGUGACCUGUACCGGCAUGUGCGGGGUGUUCACCUAGGCGUGCGGGACCCUAAGCGAUACCCCUGCAAAGUGUGUGGCCGACUGUUCCCUAGCAAAUACAAGGUAAAGAGGCAUAUGAGCAGUCAUGGAAUAGUACAUUCUAAAGAUGAUAAGACUUCAGAAAAGCAUGAAGGGUCUGGGGAGGCUAUGAUAGUUGCUGGUCCCGAGUCCAGCGAGGCAGAGUGUUCCUCAAGCCUUACCGAGGUGACAACCACUAGUGACGGCACCAGCAUUGAUGUUCAUCAGCUCCCAGUGCCUGACCUUUAUACUGGACCGCACAUCACCACCCUCACACCAGAAAUUCUGCAGGGAGAAGUCACACCUGACCUAGUCUCCUCAGAAACUAUGGUGGUUAGCCCCAUGUCCAGCUUGGUUGUGUCUGCAGCUCCCCUUGGUGAGAACAUAACAGAACUUCAUCCCUCCCAAGACUCAGAAGGUUCCCACAGCCACCAGACAGACCCCAGCGAGCACUUCACCCGCGAUGGCUCCCUAGUGACGCAGUCAACACCAUCCUCAUCUCUCAUUCCCGUGCAGCAGAUGAUAGUGAUUCAGGACACUGUAGGAGUUCCAAGCCAUGCAGAGUUCACCCUCCCCACUUCAUCUAGCCAGGUUAUCACUGUCCCCCCCUCAGCUGCCGAGGUGAUAUCUGUACCACCAGUCUCAGGUCAAGUACUGUCCAUUCCCCAGUCCAGCAGUCAGGUCAUUUCAGUGCCUGCAGUGACCACUCAGGUCAUUGGUGGCACUCUUCAUGCCCGUCAGGCUAAUUUUGCUGUCUCAUUGCCUCAGCAGAGGAGUCACAGUGAUACCAGUGACCACAAGCUUCCCACUAUCCAUUACCAGUAUUUUUCUUCUUAAACUAAAGGUUAUGUUAAGAAAGCUGUAUUUGGAAUAUAAAAUGAAUAUCUCAUA